AUGCCGCUACAGCUGCCCACACUGCGCCAUGCCCUGCGCCAGCCCCUCGUCAACCCACGCGCAACUCAACGCCGCUGGGCUCAGGUUCAAGAUGUUCGCCGCUUCCUCGUCACCCACGACUCUCAAGAGCGCAUCCUCGCCAAGUAUCGGGAAAAGCUCGAGUCGAAAGCCAAGGAAAAGGGUCUGAGGGAUCUUAAUGAGCUGAGGGAGCAGUACAAGGACAAGAUUGAGGAGUUGAGGAAGCAAGCCAUUGUGCCGGGCGCAACAGGGCCAUUGACACCACCACUCUCACCACAGCAAACCAGCGCCUCGCCACAGCAAACCAACUCCCCAUCCGACUCCAAGACAACCAAUUCGUCCGCACCAAAGAGUCCAUGGCCAUCACCGCCUCCCCCACCUGGCUCAGGCUCUCCCAGUGCCCCGCCACCCGGUGUCAAGACACUAAACUCCUUCCUCGAUCUCGACAAAGUCCGGACGCUUCCAGAGAAGGAAGUCCAAGCCCUCUGGCGACUCCGACAUGCCGGAAACCCGCAAAGCAUUCACUUCGCCGUCCCAGCAAACACCUUCUCCCAGCUCCUCCGCAGCGCAAAGCAACACCCAUCAUUCGUUCUUCCCGUACCCCGCCAGAUCCCCGUCGAUAGCCCCUCAGCAGAUGGACAAGCGCAGACACAGCAAGCCGCUGAGUUACACUACUUGCAAUUCUCACACCCGCAUGUGGAUACGACAACGCUCAUGUUCACCACAUUGGCAGAGUUCAAGCUGAGGGGCGAAUUCGCUAGCCCACAUACCACCAUCACAUUCCACCAGGAGUUGACUGAGAGCCAUAACCUCGUCCUGGGACAAGGUCUAGUCAUCGAGAACAGGGGUGUCAGCUUAGAUGAAGCAAGAUGGCUCGUCAUGUGCAUGCAAAAGUUCUACGUACAGACAGCUGAAGGCAAGGGCAGGAGCGAGUUGCUCGACAUGUUCACUCGAGGAGACAGCGGAUUCCAAGUAGACCGACUCAUAGACGAAGCAGAGAAGAUAUUGUAA